CGUUUCCCACCUGAUAAUAUGUUUCCUGUAACCGCCACACUCCUCCGCCACCGUCUCCGCAACUUACGCCACGUCAUCAGAUUCAACUCCACCGCUGCCUAUCCUCCUCCCUCUCCUCCACAUUUCAAUCUCCCUCUCAACCACCCUACCUACUUAAUCUGGUCAGCCAACACUUCUCUCGGCAAAACCCUAGUCUCCACCGGCAUCUCCGCCUCCUUCCUCCUCCAACCUCCCGCACAUUCCACCAAAAAACUCCUCUACUUGAAACCUAUCCAAACCGGCUUCCCUACCGACUCCGACUCUCGUUUCCUCUUCUCCAAGCUCUCCUCCCUCUCCCUCCGCCGCCGGAUUCCUAUCUCCGUCUCCAACUCCGUCCUCCGCUCUUCGCUCCCCGUAGCGGAAGCUCUGAGACGGUACCUCCAGGUCAGCGAGAAUGGAAUCUGCGAUUUGAACUUCUCGGAGGAGAAUAUAGUCACCGGCGCGCCGGAGCUUAUGUGCAAGACGAUGUACGCUUGGGAGGCGGCUAUCUCUCCGCAUUUAGCAGCGGAGAGGGAAAAUGCAACGGUUGAGGAUUCCGUUGUGUUAAAGAUGUUGGAGCAGUGUUUAAGGGAAGAGAUGGAGUGUGGGAGUGAAAGAAAUGUUCUGUGUUUAGUGGAGACUGCUGGUGGAGUGGCGAGUCCGGGGCCAUCGGGGAGUCUUCAGUGUGAUUUAUACAGGCCGUUUAGAUUGCCUGGGAUUCUCGUUGGAGACGGUAGGCUGGGUGGUAUCUCCGGGACUAUUGCGGCGUAUGAGAGUCUAAAACUUCGAGGAUAUGACGUUGCUGCUGUCGUUUUUGAGGAUCAUGGCCUUGUUAAUGAAGUUCCAUUAACCUCAUAUCUAAGAAACAAGGUCCCUGUGCUUGUGCUUCCACCUGUUCCCAAGGACCCUUCAGAUGAUCUUGUUGAAUGGUUUGUUGAAUCCGAUGAUGUGUUUAAGGCUUUGAAAGAUGUGAUGGUGUCAGUUUAUUUGGAGAGAGUGGAGAGAUUAAACGGCAUGGCGAAGCAAGCAGUGGAGGUUUUUUGGUGGCCGUUUACUCAGCAUAAACUUGUGGCGGAAGAAACUGUGACGGUUAUAGACUCUAGAUGUGGUGAAAACUUUUCGAUAUAUAAGGCUUCCGAUAAUAAUUCUAUUACCCAGCAAUUUGACGCUUGUGCAAGCUGGUGGACACAGGGGCCAGAUCCUGCUUUCCAGGCUGAGCUUGCUAGAGAGAUGGGUUACACUGCUGCUAGGUUCGGGCAUGUUAUGUUCCCUGAGAAUGUAUAUGAACCUGCCUUGAAAUGUGCUGAGCUCUUAUUAGAUGGAGUGGGAAAAGGCUGGGCUUCUCGAGUAUACUUCUCAGAUAAUGGAUCCACAGCAAUCGAAAUAGCCCUGAAGAUGGCAUUUCGUAAGUUUUGUGUUGAUCAUGAGACCCUAUUGGAUUUUUCUGAGGCUACGGAAGAGAAUAAGCAUAUUGUUGUUAAGGUCCUAGCUCUUCGGGGGUCUUACCAUGGGGAUACUUUAGGAGCGAUGGAAGCACAAGCACCAUCACCUUAUACAGGCUUUCUCCAGCAGCCGUGGUAUACCGGAAGAGGCCUGUUUCUGGACCCUCCUACUGUCUUCCUCUCCAAUGGAGCCUGGAGUCUCUCACUCCCUGAAAGUUUUUCUCAAACUGCUUCAGAAGAAUCUGGAACAUUCACCACUCGUGAUGAGAUUUUUGACAAGAGUAGAGACACAUCAGUUCUUGCAACAGUCUAUUCGACCUAUGUAUCAGAGCAGUUACAAGAAUAUUCCGGAAUUUCACAAUCCGCUCAUGUUGGAGCACUGAUAAUAGAACCAGUGGUUCAUGGUGCUGGGGGAAUGCACAUGGUUGAUCCGCUAUUCCAACGAGUUCUGGUCAAUGAGUGCCGUAAUAGAAAAAUUCCAGUCAUUUUCGAUGAAGUGUUCACAGGUUUCUGGCGUCUUGGAGUAGAGACUACUGCUGACCUUCUGGGCUGCAAACCGGAUAUAGCUUGCUUUGCCAAAUUGUUGACUGGUGGAAUGAUUCCUUUGGCUGUCACUCUUGCCACAGAUGCUGUAUUCGAUUCAUUUUCUGGAGAUUCAAAGCUUAAAGCACUGCUUCAUGGCCACUCUUACUCAGCUCAUGCGAUGGGUUGCGCAACAGCCGUCAAAGCCAUCGAAUGGUUCAAAGAUCCAGAGACUAACCAUAACAUUAAUUCACAAAGAGGAACGUUAAGAGAGUUGUGGGACGAAGAACUAGUGCAGCAAAUAUCAUCUCACGCUGCAGUUGAAAGGGUGGUUGUAUUAGGAACCCUUUUCGCUCUAGAACUUAAAGUAGAUGCUUCCAAUUCCGGGUAUGCUUCCUUGUUCGCAAAGUCUCUCCUAAAGAUGCUCAGGGAAGACGGAAUCUUCAUGCGCCCUCUCGGAAACGUGCUAUACCUCAUGUGUGGCCCUUGCACGUCGCGGGAUAUUUGCCGGCUGUUGCUCGCUAAGCUUCAUAAAAGGCUCGGAGAAUUCAAUAGAGCAUAAAAACACCCCCAAAACUCUCUCCAUGCCAUCUGUUGUACUAAUCACUUCUUUAUUAUUUGUCAACUUCUCUGUAUUCGUUGCAAAUUAACGACUUUUGGACUUGGGAAGUCUGAAUUUAAAUUGGUAGGUAAGAUCUAUGGUUUAUGCAAAA